AAUUGGAUGCCGGAUGGAACGAGAUCCAGUCGAGUCCAACCUCUGCUUCCCCAAUUUCGUCUGAGAUUCUCGCCAAACUGGGAAGAGUCCCAGGUUCGGCGUCUGAUGAACUCGAGGUACUCCUAAGCGGUAUCAUUUCUGAUUUUGGUGUCAUAAACUUCAACUAGUUUCCUAUAAGUUAGGUUGAAGAGCAGUCCUUCAAGUCCAUAUAAAGCUUGUUACUGGAUCCAAAUUCAUAGAUGCUCCUGCUUGUGGUGAUGGUAGUGAAGCAAUUGAAGAAGGGGACACUGAUCAUGAUGCUCAUCGUGUUGAUUUUAAGAUUGCUUCUAAUGGUGGUAGGCAACAGGAAGGGACAGAAGGUCUUAGGAAAAGAUAUCAUGGUCACCAGAGCAAUAAAGAGGACUCUGCAAAACACUUGUUCAUUAUUGAAUGACCUGCAUUCAUCCUGACUUUACUAGGCCUCCUGUGGAGCCAAGAAGUCUCACUGCUCCAACUAAUCUGGGAAGCAAAGCGAGAAACAAGACAAGCAAGGAAAGUGUCCUCAAAGAGAAAGUAUAGAAGAAUCUUACCUUGGGUCGCCAGUAAUCUGCAAGCAACAGAAUCAGGGAACCGUUUCAUGGAGAGACAUCAAACUCAUAGCACCUUUGAACACCGAACGCUCAAAUAGACAGCAAGGAAAGCAAGGCAAUGUCUUAUCAUUCUUAGAAAGAGUUGACUUGGGCAAAAUGAAGUUAAUUUAUUCUUCCUAGCUGUCAUUCUUCACUGGAUUACAUUCCUUCUUUUGAUUGGACAAUAUUCCUAAUUCAUGUUUAUCUACAAUUUCUGUUUUUUAAUGGGAAAUCCAAACUCCAAAGUAGGCAAUUUGCCUCCGGAUUUUCCCCUUCCUUUACUAGGAUGCAGUAUGAACAGCUUUUGUAAAUAACCUCCUUUAUGAAUC